AUGUCGUCCAUCCCUCCUCCCGGCGGUGCUGUUGGCGAUGCAGCACCAGAAGAAGCGAGCACCGCAACGUCGCCCGCGCGUUCAGACGCCCGCGACGGCGACGACAGCACCGGCACGGCUGCACCUACAUCGGCACCUGCUCCCACUUCUCCUGCUUCUCCGCCGUCGCCCGUGCAGGAAGAAGGUAGUGACGAGGGUUGGCAUGACAGUUCGCCGGCGGCGCCAAGGAGGAUGGGUUCGCCGUCCAGGUCGGCACCUCCUACGCCCAUGUCGGACUGCAGCCCCCCGCGAAGCCUCUCCGGCUCCAUCCCUAGGACGCCCUCUUCGAUGGGGAGCAGGAGCUUGCCCGGCACGCCGCGAACACCUUUCACGCCCAUGGACAUGCAGUCGCCGCUGUCCCAACGAGACUCCACCGCGCUUCCUCGGGGUGACCUCGGCCGCCGGGCGGCAAACCUCGCCUCGCUCAGCGGCGGCGGUGGCGGCGGUGGCGGCGGUGGCGGCGGCGGCAGCAGCAGCAGCGGAAGCGUCAACACCCCGCAGAAAAGCCCCGCCGCCAACAGAUCUUCUAGCAGAAUGAGCAUGGGCGGCGGCUCUCCGCAGUCGUUGCCCAGCACGCCGGGAUCCCAAGCCUCUUCCCGUAGAAGCCGCACCGCGGGCUGGAAGGAUAACCGAAGAAGGCGAGGCGGAGGCGGAGGCGGUGGGGGUGGAGGGGGUGAUGACAACGAUGAUGAUGACACGGGAGAUAGGGGCGGGGGAAGCGGGGGUGGUGGCGGCGGCGGUGGCGGCGGCGGUGGCGGCGGCGGCGGUGGCGGCGGUGGCGAUGGCGGUGGUGGCGGUGGUGGCGAUGGCGACGGGCCAAGCCCACCGGGAUCUCCGGGGCCCAACCAGGGCGGCACGGGUAUCAUGCAGGGGCAGGAAAGAGCGGUGAUCUGGGGCACGGACGUGAACGUUGUCGAGUCGAUGGAGAGGUUCAGGCAGUUCUUGCUGGAGUUCACGCUCGAGGGGGAGGACGAGCCGCUGUACAAGUCGCAGCUGGAGGAGAUCCACCGAACACAGGCGAGAUUGACUUGGACGGAGGAGGGGGUGUAUGGGAGGACUGUGGAGUUCAGCAUCAGCAUCAACUGCAAGCAUCUCUACAGCUUCGUGCCCUCCCGCAGGCUGUACCAACAACUGGUGCACUACCCGCAGGAAAUAGUCCCCAUCAUGGACCUCGCCGUGAACGAAGAGUUCACCAGGAUGUACUCGGAGGAGGAGCUCAUGGGUUCACGCCGCAUCCAGGUCCGCACGUACAACUUGCGGGAGGUAAAGCCUUUGAGGAACCUGGACCCGCAGCACAUCGACCAGAUGGUGGCCCUCCGGGGGAUGGUGAUCCGAACGAGCCAGAUCAUUCCAGAUCUCAAGCAGGCAUUCUUCCGCUGCAUCGUUUGCAACGCUUCGAAAGAGGUGAUGAUCGACCGGGGCCGCAUCGACGAGCCCUCGUCCUGCCACAUGUGCGGGAACACCAUGUCCAUGGAGCUGGUGCACAACCGCUGCCUCUUCACCGACAAGCAGAUGGUUCGAUUGCAGAGGGUGGUUCGCUCCGUGUACAAGACGUACGUCGAUGUGAUCCACUUCAGGUCUACCGAGUCAGACUCAGAGGUGGACGGGCGAGGCGGGGGCGGAACCUCGCACGGCACAGCGGCGGAGCUGGAGGCGGCCCAGGGAGGGGUGGAGAGAUCUCGCUUCUCUCCCGGACGGAUAGCGGAGUUCAAGCAGCUGGCCGCAGAUCCUCGGGUCUACGAGAAGUUGGUGGCCGCUAUCGCCCCUUCUAUCUGGGAGCUGGACGACGUCAAGAAGGGUAUCUUGUGUCAGCUGUUCGGUGGCAACAGCAAGGAGGACGAGGACGACGUAGACCCAGAGACAGACGCCCUUACGGAUCCCAACACCCAAGACUCGCAAGCCGAACGUAACGCGGCGCGCCCGAGCGUCAGCAGUACCCGGGGGAACAGGACGCGAGGAGAGAUCAACGUCCUCAUGUGCGGGGACCCGGGCACCAGCAAGUCGCAGCUCUUGGCCUUCGUUCACAAGGUGGCCCCGCGAGGCAUCUACACAAGCGGCAAGGGUUCGAGCGCCGUGGGCCUGACGGCGUCCGUCGUUCGUGACACGGAGACGCGUGACCUCGUUCUCGAGUCCGGGGCUUUGGUGCUGAGCGACAACGGUAUCUGCUGCAUCGACGAGUUCGACAAGAUGUCGGACACGACGAGGGCAGUGCUGCACGAGGCCAUGGAGCAGCAGACGGUGUCGAUUGCGAAGGCGGGAGUGAUUUGCACCCUCAACGCUCGCACAGCCAUCCUGGCGUCUGCCAACCCGGUGGAGAGCCGGUAUAACCCGCGCCUGUCCGUGAUCGAGAACAUCAAGCUUCCGCCCACGCUUCUGUCCCGGUUCGACCUCAUCUAUCUGAUCUUGGACAAGCCCAACGCCGCAAUGGACCGGCAGCUGGCGCGGCACCUGGUGUCCCUGUACUACAAGGUGCCCGUGGUACCGUCUUCCCCGCUGGAGCAGGACUUUCUGAUGGACUACAUCGCCUACGCUCGCCGGCAUAUACAGCCAGAGAUAAGCGAGCCUGCCGUCCGGUCCCUCAUCAAGGGGUACCUCGCCAUGCGCAACAUGGUGGGCAGGGGAACCAAGACCAUCAGCGCAACCCCGAGGCAGCUGGAGAGCCUCAUCCGCCUGUCGGAGGGGCUGGCCAAGAUGCGACACGCUCGGUUCGUAGAAGACAGCGACGUGGCCGAGGCCGUGCGCCUCAUGAGAGUGGCCACCCAGAACGCCGCCACAGACCCUAGGACGGGUACCAUCGACAUGGACAUGAUCGCGACGGGCCAGGGGGCCUCCGACAGAGACGCCGUGGAUGCCCUUAGCGCGGAGAUCAAGUCUCUGCUGACGGGACCCCUCAAGGGGAAGCGGACAGGCGUCGGGGAGCUUAGGAAGAAGAUGGAAGCGCAGAGCGAUGUACAGCUGACGCAAAAGGAGGUCGUCGGGGCGCUGCAGCAGCUCGCGGCGGAUGGGCACGUGGCGUACAACGAGAGGUCGCAGACGGUCAUCGUAAGGGGGACAUAGCUCAUCGUAGCACCAAGCGUUGUCAGUUGUGGCCUACUCGGUGAUAGAGCAUUUUGUCAGGCGCAAUGUAAAAAUACCGAUCCGAUCGGAUGGAUUCAAGUCCGAGGGCAGAGCUACGCCGGUGGUAGCGAGCUGUCUGUCUCCGGAGUUCAAGCAAGCACGAUGUUGCCGCCUGUGCGUAUCAUCAGCAACGAUCGAUACCAUUGUCCAGCUCGGCGUCGUUACCAAAGUUUGGGGUGAGACCGCGACGGUCGGCAUCAGUGGUCAAGGACAGAUACAUUCAAAGGAGGCAAUCUACUACGGGCGGGAGGGUGCAGGAGGCCUCACCAAAUCCGAUACACUUGCAACAAUCGAUCCUCGGUAUGGAGAGAAAUACGGCAGGAUGAAUAUGCUGG